AUGGAAUCUCAAAAAGAAACAGAGAAAGAGGAAAUAGAGGAAGCACAAGAAGAAGAACAAGCACUAGUGCUGAAUACUACAAAAGUGGUGGAGUAUUUGGAGCCAUUAAUGUCUCUUGAGCUUCUCUGCAAGUUCCCAGAUAAUUCUGCUUAUGACUUUGACUACUCUCAGAGCACAAUUUGGUCCCCUUUGGUUCCAAGACCCUACAGUCCCAUGGAUUUGGAUCUCAUAACUCCAAGUAAGCUUUCCUAUGACAUGGGUUUGGAGUUGUUGGGAGCAAGAAACAGUGUCAAGAAGAUGGGUUCUAAGUUUAGGAAGAAGCUCACUGCCACUACCUUCAAUCUUAACCUAGAUUUCAUCAAGAAACAGAACAAGAACAAGAAGAUGGCUUCUGAUAUCUCCCCAACACCUCCAAGAAUUAAGGGUACAUGUAACCCCAUCAUCAAAAAGCAAUGGGCCAGGGCACUGAAAGCGGCCUCAAAACAGUUUAAGAGAUGGAAGGCGAAGAGAGACCCCAUUGGCCACGUGAUGCUACCCAAAUCUUUCAAAGAUGGAGAUUUUUAA